UAUCACCAUGACAACAACAUUGUUUGUGGGGUCCAAAAAAAGGUGGCCAAGUGAAAUGCUGGUCAUAUAGAAUCUGAUUUUCCUUUUUUUUCUUCGAGAAUUGAAAUCAACAAAUGGGCGAGUCAACAUUUCUUCAUUCUUCAAACAACCCGCCUGUCGCCUUUGUCGUUUGGCUGACCCUUGAACCCCGGGAGAAUGGCGCUUUCUGCCCCGCUGCUGCACACAGACACCCUCGGAAGUGGAACACCGCCACCUCUGAGACAUCUGGUAGAGAAAGGAGGGAGCAGAGUGCCAAACCAUCUACUGGAAUCCAAAGUCUAUUUCAAAGAGAAGAGCAACAGCCUGAUCGAAGUGGAUCCUCCUGAAAUCCACUUCACUGGCUUCAAGCUGGAAAAGGACUACGCGAGGAGUGUGAAACUAAUCAACAUCUCAUCGCGAGUGCUGAAUAUUCAUAUCAUCCCCACCCAGUCCAAGCACUUCCGAACAACCUACGCCAAAAAGUGUCGGCUCAUUCCUGGCCUCGCCUACACAGUGAAGGUCAGAUUCUGUCCCCACGAGUGGGCUCGUGUCUCCGACUGUAUUCGGGUUCACUGUGAGGCUGACCAGAACCUCCUAAUUCCCGUUUACGCUUACCCUUCCACCGCCCAUGUCCAAGUCCCGCCACGCAUUGACUUACCACCUACACCACUUGGACAAAGUGUUAGCCAUGUCAUUCCACUGAGCUGCAGAUCUCCCAAUAAUUUGGAGUUCCAAGUGGACCUGAUUGAGCCGAAUGAGGCUUUCUCCAUCUCCCCACUCUCAGGUGUGAUUCCAGCCAAUGGUCAAGCGAUGAUCACCGUUGCCUUCAAACCCUGUCGCUAUGAGACUAGUCAGGUCACUGUCCGGCUAGUUGUCUCACAGUUUAACACAAAAUCCUACCUCUGUACCAUUACUGGAAGCUCCGCCCCUCUCCUCGCUCUCAGGGAGAUGGAUCAUCGGGGCACGUCUGCUAAAAGUAAAGGAUCUUUACCAGCCAUCCAGGUGUCUUCUCAGGUUAAAACACUAAGUCCAGUCAAACAAAAGUCCACCAAGGAUGACGUCAAAGCAAAGCCGGCACCAAAACCUCUGGUGGAUGCCUCCACCCACACAGGCGUGGCAAAGAUACUGCAAAAGGACCUCAGCAAACUUUGCCUUGAACACCAAAGUGAGGAUCUGCAGGACAGGCAGAAGAAGGAAGCACUCUUCCUGAAGAAGGUUCAACAGAAUGAUAAGGAAGAGCAAACCAAUCGCCUGCGAGUACAAGUUCAUCAAGGUAAAGACCCAGUGACGGAGGCAACCAGGUGCCAGGUCCUGGAGGAAAGAAAGGUUGCGUUACAACAGUACAAGGUCAGGAAGGGAGAAGUAAGACAGGAGGAUGACUUCACGAGUGGACCACCGAAACUUUACUCCAUUCGGCUAAUAUGCGAUGCUGGUCAGACCCCCAAGGGAGCGCCUGUCUUCCAGUUUCACCCUAGCUUCCAGUGGGAGCUAAAAGAGAGGGCCAUUAAACUAUUUCAGCAGGCAGCACGCAAGGUUGUGAUGCAGUGUCGCUUGAAGAGAAUCCUGGCCUUUUGGAGGAAACUUCCAGACAUUACAGCAAGCUCGCUCUCGGCACAGAAAGUCGAAGAAGAGGAAGCUAGUUUGAUGAAGAUCCCCGCAGACAGAAUCUUUCCGUCUUCUUUUCCACUCUGCUCACAUGAAGCUGAUUCGCUGGCUCUUCCCUUUGCUGCAGUGCCUGUGGAUGCGGUUGAUGUAAAAGUAACAACGCACGUCCCCACCUUCAAGCUCCAAGUUCCUCAAUACUACAAGACUAUGGAAUACCAGCCUGUGUCAGCCUGGGAGGCCUUUAAUUCCUUCAUCCCCACCACCCUGGCCCGGCCGCUUCGCAAUCCAGAUCCAGAUUCUGACUCCAAGCCACCCACACCAGGGCAGGACGAAGAGCAAGAUGCCAGCGAUCUUAACUUUACUUUUCCUGGUGCUCUACUUAGACCCAUUCAAGCACACCCACUCAGAAUCUUUAACCCUGCUCCUGGCCUCCAGGCCUACAAGCCGACCCCUAAAUACCUCGAAAGCGAUGUGGACUUCCACCUCUGCCCGCUGCCUCGUUAUUCCACCGCCGAGGGCCACACAAGUGGGAUGGAGUCACAAACUUUGCACACACAGGCUCUGGACCCAAAGGGAGAAAUCACAGGAUUGAAGACGUGGGACAAAUUUGACUUAAACACAGCAACAUGUUUGUCCAAACAGGCUGCUCUGACCAGCAACAUCCUAAAUGGUUCUACAGACUUUAAUAAAGACCUCCUUCCUGUCUCGACACCUGCUGCUUUCACCCAUCUUCCUGCCUAUCUCUCAGGAGAGGCGGACAAAAAGUGUGACUCAAAGCUGACCCCAGAGAUGAUCAGGUUAGAAUUCCUCGCUGGUCUUCAGUGACUACCUUCCACAUGAUAUGAUGUGGGGACCUGGAGGUGUUUUGGUCUUGAUCGACUCCAUCUGGCCCGGGGAUGUCCACUCACAGCCAGCUCGGAUGCGUCAGCGAAGGCGGAAGUCAUCGAAGAAGGUUUCGGCUCGCGACAGAGACGCGCCAAUUCCACAAUUUUUCCCUCCGGAACACCGCAAGCUACAUGCAGCCCAACCUUCCCCUCCUCAGAUGUUUGGUAACCCAAUCGACCACUUCGCCAAACAUUUCUCCGACUGGGUUGUCAGUCACCUGGACAGCGGCAACAAUGACGUCAUCUCAUUGCCGCCCCCUGAUGACGUAACUCCGCCCACUUCUGAUGACGUCAUAGACCAAGAUUUUUUUUUCUAUCUUCUGCUUUUUUUUUUCAGCCGCCUUGUAAGGACCUUAAUUCCAAAAUAAAACAUGACCAAGACAUUUUUUUACAGACCUGCUCACCAGGUUUGUCAUUGUCCUCCAGGACUCAAGCUCCACCUCCAGUGACUAUUGCUCCGCCCACAGCAUGUACUUUUUUCCCCUGUGCUCCCACCCAGUCUCAAGUGGCAUGUGUGAAUAGACAUUUUGGACAAUUUAAAGGGGAGGAGUAUACCCCCCUCCUGACCUCCCUCCACCCACCCCUGAAGACGGUUCCAGACCGCAAGGAGCGCGUCUGGUAUCCGCUUCUUGAGGGGGGGGCUAGUGCUGGGAGCUGUGCUAGUGGGGUGGCACAGCUGCGCCCAGCCAAGCCGCAACCCCCGGCCCGGCC